AUGAAGUACAUUUUCCUGACUGUUGCUGGUUUCGCUGUCAUAGUUGAGUCUCAACUGCUCUUCGGUCUUGGUAGGUUGGGAGCCGAAUUAGGGUCAAGAAUUGGAUCCGCGUUAGGGCAUAGUAUUGAUGCUGUUGCUGAUAUUGGAAACGGAGCAAUAGACGCUGGUGUAGGCGUAGGAGAACUUAAUCAUGGUCCAAAUAUAGCCUAUAAUAGAGGCAACGAUGGAUCAAGAUUAUAUAGUUUUGGUUCAAAAGGUGACGCAAAUAAUUAUCAUGAAACUGACUCCGGUUCAAAUGAAUAUGACGCUGGCGUUAGCAGUACUGAGAGAAGUGAAUCUUACAGACGUCAUCAGCAACACUACCACAAACAUCGACGUCAUCACACUAAGAUUACCAAGAUCGAAAGUUCUUCAUCCAGUGAUGAACAAGACAUUGACGACAGUCGGAAAUAUGAAACAGGAGCUUUGAAGAGUAAUGGCUAUCAUAGUCAAGACAGAGGUGCACGCGACUAUUCAAAACAUAUCUAUAAUGCAGCACAGCGAGUGUAA